GACGCCGGAUCGCGUGACCACCCUCCCUCCCGCAGCCGACAUGCAGUCCCCGGCGGUGCUCGUCACCUCCAGGCAAGUUCAAAAUGUCCACACAGGCCUCGACCUGACUGUGCCGCAGCACCAGGAGGUGCGGGGUAAGAUGAUGUCCGGCCAUGUGGAAUACCAGAUCCUGGUGGUGACCCGGUUGGCUGUGUUCAAGUCAGCCAAGCACCGGCCUGAAGAUGUCGUCCAGUUCUUGGUCUCCAAAAAAUACAGCGAGAUCGAGGAGUUUUACCAGAAACUGUGCAGUCGAUACCCAGCAGCCACCUUGCCCCCGCUGCCUAGGAAGGUCCUGUUUGUCGGGGAGUCUGACAUCCGGGAAAGGAGAGCCAUGUUUGAUGACAUUCUGCGCUGUGUCUCCAAGGAUGCCCACUUGGCAGGCAGCCCAGAGCUGCUAGACUUCUUAGGCACUGGAUCCCUGGGGGCUACAAGCCUUGCCACCAGAGAUCCCUCUGUCUUGGGUGACACAGCCAGCCAGCCAGGGGACAGCGAUGAGGCUUUUGACUUCUUUGAGCAACAGGAUGAAGUGCAGCCACCCACACAGGGCCUGAGCAACAAGGAUGUGGAGAAAUCCUUAGAGGAGGAGGAGGAGGAGGAAGAAGAGGUACUGGAUCCCCUGGGCAUCAUGCGCUCCAAGAAGCCCAAGAAACAUCCAGAAGUGGCCACGAGACCCAAACCUACCCCUAGGCUCACAAUCUUUGAUGAGGAGGUAGACCCGGAUGCAGAGCUCUUCAGCCCGGGCAAGAAGGUGUCCCCUCAGAGACCGCUGGAGACCACACAGGACUCCCUGAGGCUGUUCGAUGACCCUGAUCUUGGUGGGGCUGUCACCCUGGGUGACCCUUUACUGCUGCCGGCUGCCCACGAAUGCGGAGGGCCCACAGCCAGCGCAGAACACCGGGAUGCUUCCAAGGAGCUGUUCAGAGUUGAAGAGGACCUGGACCAGAUUCUGAACCUGGGAUCUGAACCUAAACCCAAGCCCCAGACUAAGCCCAAACCUCCAGUCCCUGCUAAGCCAGCAUUGCCCAAGAAACCGACUGUGCCCCCUCCCGUGGGCCUGUCGGAAACUGGGGCUGGACCACAGAAGCAGCAACAGAUCCAAGCUAUGGAUGAAAUGGACAUCUUGCAGUACAUUCGGGACCAUGACACACUUGCCCAAGCCUCCCCCAGCCUCUUUUGACGCCCCACCCCCACCCCGCACCUAUGCUGGGCCUGGCGAGGAGGCCUGGAUGUGAAUGUGUUGGUUCUGCCUGCAAGGCAAGGACCACCAAUGAAAAUGAAAACUUGGACUCCCAGUCCCGGUACUAUAUCCUUUCCUUUUCACCUGGGCUACGGGAUGGACAAGGUCUCUCUGUAGAAUGAGCAGUGGGAAAACCACAGGAACCAAGCCGCAUCAUCCCCGCCCAGCUAGCUAUGAAAAGGAGGGUACUUAUGGGUGUGUCUUGCUCAACAAGGGCCUGACCUCAAGAGAGGGAGGGUGAAAUCAGAG